AUGCCCCUAUGGUGCGAGAAUAAGGAAGACGCAUUUGAGGCCUUGGUAGCGAGGAGGCGGAACUCGGGGGAGCCUCUCACCGAGGUGGGAGGGUGGCAGGAAGAUGAAGCCGAAGCAGCCCGAUCUGAGCAAGCCUCAGCCCUCGCUGCCGAGUACUUCGGCUAUGCCGAAGAGGAGUUGGAGAAGUACCGCUCGGUGUUCAAGGGUCUUCAUCCGGAGGUGGAUGAUCCUAUUGAGCAGGAGACCGACUUGACGGCGAUUAUGGUGGCGGGGAGCGGCGCGGAGCAUGGCCGCACGAAGCUUCUUAGUGGGGUGAUCAAGCCGCAGAGGACCCUCACGCAGAUCAGGUCUACCCUCACCACCGGCGACCCACCGGUCGCGCCUCCUCGACACCGUCGUACGGAUGCUCGCUUUGAGGCCGCCUACGCGGCCGCUUAUGAGAAGUAUUUGACGGUUGUAGCAGAGUGGGACCUCAAGAGAGCGGCUUGGGAAGAGUACCAGGAGGCGACGAGUCGUGCGGUCAGGACGUUCUUCCUGACUGGAGAGAGGAUCGCACUUCCGGCCGAGGAGCCAGCUAGGCCGGGGCCGACUCCAGUGUGCCCAUCGAGGGAAGCUUUCGCGGCCACAUACUACGCACGGACUCCGGGCACGGGAAGUUCGCGGAACCGACCCUCUCCUGGUUCGUCGCGCGAGGGCACACCGAUGCACCCCGGCCGCCAUUCUCCCGGUGCUUCAGGGUUUUCACCUGUCGGCGAUGGUUCAGGCCAUGGUUCUACUUCGGUCUACCUCGACAAAGGCCGGACGCCUGAAUUUACGAGUCGGGAACUUGGUUGGACCCCUGAUCUUAGUUUCCCUUAGCUAGGUGUCUAGCGGGUGUGCGUCGAUCGUGUGUGCCAUGUGUCGACGAUGUAUGAUGAUUGUGUGUGCUACAUGACACAUAUUUGUAUCACGAUGAUGUUGUUGCUACAUUUGAUGAUGAUUAUGUG